AUGGCCCUUUGGCCAUUUCGACGUAAAAGCGUUCGCAAACGCUCAAGGAGCGGCGCUGCUCUCUCCGACAACGAAGCUGCCCCGGUCCGCAGUCAAACAGAGGCUGUUCUUGAGCGCACUGCGUCCAAAAAGGCCCGAACGGAGCCUGCAAAACUCCAGCGGCGACAGCGAACAUAUAGUUUCUCGCCAAAUCGUCAUGAUUCUAUCCGUGUCGACCGAGCUCGACGCACCGCAGAUGCCGCCAAUCGAGCAAUGCAAGAAAGUGGCCAAGGCUCUGAAGGAGCAUGGGAGCGCACACCUACAUUACACCCUACAAGGAGAAAGAGUAGCAAGCGAAGGCGAGACGAUCAUGAUAGAGAGGCGGAGAUCAAAGCCAUGAGCGCCUACAUGCCAACACGGUCGGGGUCAGCUACGGAUACCCAAGUUCGGUCCAACUCCAAGAAGAGCACGAAAAGGGCCAAGACUGCGCUGAGCAAUCACCAACCGCCAGCGUCGCAAACCUCCUUGCCGUAUCCAGAUUCUGUCCGGUCGUUUAUGUCUGCAGACUCGGAUUUCAUUUCCUACAAAGUAUCAGCUCUUGAUUCGCUCGCACCACGGCCAACGUUGAGAUGCAACCCUGGCACGAGAUGGACCACGUCAAGGACGGCUGCCUCGGGUACAGCUGAAUCGCCGAAACGGCCCCUUGGAGAGCGGGAACCUAUUCAGGAAGAUGGGGUCGAUGGGCGGAAGCGCAUUGAGGACCUCGCUGACGAUCUCGAUGCAAAGGACCUUCGAGAACUGAUGGAGAGGGAUAAUAGGAGAAGAGCAAGGAAACGACAGCAAGACCAGGAACGGAUGGAGAGACGAUUAGCACGAAGAGCUGAACGGCACCGCAGAGAGGAAGCGGAGGCAAGACAAGGAGGCACACCGCCACCCGAGAACUUGGAAAGAGGCGUUAUGGGUCGCGAAUUGGUUGGCUUGGGUAUCGAGCCUGCAUCAGCCGUGGUGACAUCCUCAAAAAGACGAGACUCGGACACCUUGCCCGACGCACCUCCCGCCGAAAGUGAAGAUGCACUGCCUGCGAAGCCCUUGGAUUCGUUCCACCGCCCAGAAACGUCUCCUCAAGAUGAUGAGUCUGCACUUGCACCAGAGCAAAAGCGUCUGACACCACCCAAACCAGUGGAAACCCGGGAGCCUGUUGCCGCCUCCACCCAGGGCUCAAAAUUGGCGGGCAUGUUGCGCUCCAAGAAAUCUAGGUCAAAGUCAACGCUAGGCUCUGACAAAGACCGGCCUGCCGACGAAGAAUCUGGCCGUAAGAAUUCUGAAGGCAGCGCCAAGACAGGCAAUCGUCUAUCCCUCUCAUCUUUAUUGAAAUGGGGAAGCAGAAAUCACAGGUAUUCCGGGCCAUCAUCCUUUUCAAAUACUUCACGCGAGGAGAUGCAGGCAGCGAGUGCAACUUCACAGAACCAAGCACAGGCAGAAGCGUUGGCAAGGUUGCAGGGCGAAGAUACGCCCAAACCGGCCAAUUAUUUAGCAGCCAAAGGGAGUACUGGUGUACCCAAGAGAACCAAGUCGAGGUUCCGGGAGGACUUGCCAGAAUUUCCUCUAUCACCACCAGAUUCAAGAGUUCAGUCUCCCGAAGCUGAUCCCCCGCUCCCGGCGCUUACAGAGAGAUCACCCGAAAUGGACUCACGGCCAACACCCCCAUCACGACAUGAUACCCCGCCUUCAAUUGAACGGCCCAAAGGAGCCCAAUCAGCUGAGCCACACCUGUCAAUGUCAUUGGCCUCAAUCGACUCUGAGGGAUCAUGGCUCUCUGGGCGUGUAGGCAGCCUGAGAACGUCGACAAAGCGAGACAGCUUGAUGCGAGCUAAUCGGCGCGAGAAUGUACCAUCUUCAGACUCUCCCACAAACUCCACCCGGGAGGAUUUGGCCAUAACAGAUGACGAGUAUCUCUCGCGUCUGGCACCGGAUAGAAGCUCGGGUACCAUGGGUAUUUCACGUCGAUCAGGAGAAGGGCGCCCAAGCAGUGACGCGGAAGAGUCAAUUGCUGCCCAUGAUAACUUGAAGUGGGGUCGCGUUGGUGCCAAACCCGAGCUCGUACAGUUUCACAACCACGACAGAAACACCAUGUACAGUCAUCAGGGGCUGUUGAACAUUGAUUCAGGGGAUGAGGAAGAUACAAGUAUGCUUACAGCCAGCAACCAUGUAUGA